CGGCACUAGGAGCCUCUUUCGUCCUCUUGCGGCCUUUUGCUUUUCGGGUUAUUGGCAUCGUCUCUUUUGACACCAUCUCCCAUCUCGUCCUCUUCACUCUCCCAUCCCUCCCUUCAAGUAUCAGGAUGUUGUCUCGCAGCUCCGCCAGAUCAGCGCAGGCCCUUCUGCGGGGCGCCAAAUCUACGCCCUCGAGCGUUCUUGCCCCUUCUAUGACCAGAUCCCUGGCCACUGUGCAGUCUGAUAUCUUCAAGCCCACCAAGUAUGGCGGCAAAUACACUGUCACCUUGAUUCCUGGUGAUGGUAUCGGUGCUGAGGUUGCCGAGUCGGUCAAGACUGUCUUCAAGGCCGACAACGUCCCCGUCGAGUGGGAGCAGAUCGACGUCUCUGGUGUCGAAACCGGAAACAAGCAUGCUGAAGAGCUCUUCAGAGAGUCUCUCGCUUCUUUGAGACGCAAUAAGCUCGGUUUGAAGGGUAUCCUUCACACCCCCGUCGAGCGUUCUGGUCACCAGUCCUUCAACGUGGCCCUUCGUCAGGAGCUCGACAUCUACGCCUCAAUUGUGCUCAUCAAGAGCAUUCCCGGAUACCAGACCCGCCACAAGGAUGUCGACCUCUGCAUUAUCCGAGAAAACACCGAGGGUGAAUACUCUGGUCUCGAGCACCAGUCUGUCCCCGGUGUCGUUGAGUCCUUGAAGAUCAUUACCCGUGCCAAGUCUGAACGGAUUGCCAAGUUCGCCUUCAGCUUCGCCAUGGCCAACAACCGCAAGAAGGUCACCUGUAUCCACAAGGCCAACAUUAUGAAGCUUGCCGACGGUCUUUUCCGCAACACCUUCAAGAAGGUCGCCGAGGACUACCCCUCCCUUGAGACCGGCGACAUGAUUGUCGACAACGCCUCCAUGCAGGCUGUCUCCAAGCCCCAGCAGUUCGACGUUAUGGUCAUGCCUAACCUCUACGGUGGUAUUCUUUCCAACAUUGGCGCUGCCCUCGUCGGUGGCCCCGGUAUCAUCCCCGGUUGCAACAUGGGCCGCGACAUUGCUGUCUUCGAGCCCGGUUGCCGUCACGUCGGUCUUGACAUUCAGGGCAAGGACCAGGCCAACCCUUCUGCUAUGCUUCUCUCUGGUGCUAUGCUUCUCCGUCACCUUGGUCUGGAUGACCACGCCAACCGCAUCUCCAAGGCCGUCUAUGAUGUGAUCAGCGAGGGCAAGUUCCGCACUCGCGACUUGGGCGGCAACGCUUCUACUCACGAGUUCACGAGAGCCGUUUUGGACAAGAUGGAGGCCGCCAUAUAAACCGAUUUAUGUAAAUUGACUUUGGGAGAGACGAUGGAGCAGAAUACCAUGUGCAGUUUUAAGAUUUGUCACAGUGUAAAGUUGCCGCAAAUUGUAUUCUAGCCCUGCACAUUCAUAUCAACAAUGUAUAUGUUACCUUACGCCUAUUCAUCGAAUCAUUUGCAAUCCCCCAACGCCAUCUGUAAGCUUGAAAGCAAAACACAC